AAGUCCAAUCGAUUCGGAUCCCUAAUUUCUUUCCUUCACCUCUAAGAUCCUAAUUAUCGUUAACAAUUACGGAUUACCGCUCAAAUCAAAAUCACAUCUAAGUUUCAUGGUUCGAAAGAUUUUAAAGAAAAAUAAAACUUUUAAUCCUUUGGAUUCGAUUCACUUCUCAUAACCCUCCUUUUUUGGAGGAAAAAAAAUGUUUCGCAUGAGCUUCAAGCCAGACAAAUUGUAAAUUUCCAUUUUUCAAUUAUGUUUCAGUAACUGUUUUGUUAAGGUGGUUUUUUGGAUUGAGGAGGAUGUGAUUGUUUGAUUUUUCGCGUUUUCAAUUUUUACUUAUUUAUCCAGCAAGCUAGCUUUAAAGCUAGCGAUACCGCGAAUAAAAGUAAUGAAGAACAAGAGGGAAGCACAUUUUAAGCAGUUAAAGAGGGAAUUGGCUCAAUUACUGGAGUCUGGGCAGGAUCAAACUGCCAGAAUUCGGGCGGAGCAUGUGGUUAACGAAGAAAAAACUAUGGCAGCAUAUGAUCUUCUUGAGAUAUAUUGUGAACUCAUCGUGGCACGAAUGCCAAUGAUCGAGUUUCAGAAAAACUGCCCAAUCGACUUGAAGGAGGCAAUUUCGAGUGUCAUUUUCGCAUCUGCAAGGUGUGAGGAGAUACCAGAACUCAAGGAUGUCACCAAACAUCUUACAGCAAAAUAUGGAAAAGAUUUCACUUCUGCUGCUCUUGAACUGCGUCCGGAUUGUGGUGUUGGUCGUUUGUUGGUUGAAAAGUUAUCUAUCAAAGCACCUGAUGGCCAGACCAAACUCAAAAUUUUGAUUGCAAUUGCAGAGGAACACAAUAUCAAGUGGGACCCUGAAUCAUUUGGAGCAAAAGAACCAAAGACAUAUGAUGACUUGAUGAAUGGGCCAAAUGCUUUGUUGGAGGCCACCAAAAUUUCGGCAGGUCGUCCUAAUACCCAGACUUCAGGCAGUCAUUAUGAGCAGAGACCGACUAGUGUUCAAGUUCCUAGUCCUAAUGUUCAAUCUCCAAAACAAAUUGCUAAAAAUGAUGUGCCCUCAAGCUUUAAUGAGCUCAGCUCAAGAUUAUCUCCUCAUCCUAAAAAAAUUGAUUACUCAAAUAUUAGUGUCAAUGAUUCAAUCUCGUCUGAAACUUAUCCUCCAAAAUCAAAAACUCGAGGUACGCAUAUUGUUCAGUUCUUACUUAUCUUAUCCAUUGUUUGUUAAUUAU